AUGUCUCCCCCCGGCUCGGCUGCAGGAGAGAGCGGCAGCGGCGGCGGCUGCGGCGGUGGCGGCCCCGGGCCCCUGGAGGAGGCGGCGGCGGCGGCGGAGGGCACCGCCCGAGAGGAGCAGCGCCCAGUGCAGCCCUCCUUCACCAAGUCCCUCUGUCGUGAAUCGCACUGGAAGUGCCUGUUGCUUUCGCUGCUCAUGUACGGCUGCCUGGGAGCAGUGGCCUGGUGCCAUGUCACUACGGUGACUCGCCUCACCUUCAGCAGCGCCUACCAAGGCAACAGCCUCAUGUACCAUGACAGUCCCUGCUCCAAUGGCUAUGUCUACAUCCCCCUGGCCUUCCUGCUCAUGCUCUAUGCUGUCUACCUCGUGGAAUGCUGGCACUGCCAGGCCCGCCACGAGCUGCAGUACCGUGUGGACGUGGGCAGUGUUCGGGAGCGUGUGGGUCGAAUGCAGCAGGCCACUCCAUGCAUCUGGUGGAAGGCUAUCAGCUACCACUAUGUCCGCCGCACCCGACAGGUCACCCGUUACCGAAAUGGGGAUGCCUAUACUACCACACAGGUCUAUCACGAGCGUGUGAACACCCACGUGGCCGAAGCUGAAUUUGACUAUGCGCGCUGUGGCGUCCGCGAUGUGUCCAAAGCGCUGGUGGGGUUGGAGGGCGCGCCGGCCACGCGGUUGCGCUUCACCAAGUGUUUCAGCUUCGCCAGCGUGGAGGCAGAGAAUGCGUAUCUGUGCCAGCGCGCACGCUUCUUUGCCGAAAACGAGGGGCUGGACGACUACAUGGAAGCCCGCGAGGGAAUGCACCUAAAGAACGUGGACUUCCGCGAGUACAUGGUGGCCUUCCCGGACCCGACGCGCCCACCGUGGUACGCCUGCCAGUCGGCCUUCUGGGCAGCCGCCUUGCUCACGCUGUCUUGGCCGCUGCGGGUGCUGAGCGAGUACCGCACGGCUUACGCCCAUUACCACGUAGAGAAGCUCUUUGGGCUGGAGGGGGGCGGCGGCGGCUCCACCCCGAGCGGCGACGAGUCCCUGCCACCGCUCACCCAUCGCCUGCCCCGGGUCAACACGGUGGACAGCACGGAGCUGGAGUGGCACAUUCGUUCCAACCAGCAGCUGGUGCCCAGCUAUUCGGAGGCCGUGCUGAUGGACCUGGCCGGGCUGGGAGCGCGCUGCGGCGGGGGUCCCGGAGGGGGAUAUGCCCCCUCCUGCCGCUACGGUGGCGUGGGCGGCUCGGGGGCGGCGGGGGCGGCCCCAUACCGCCGUAGCUGCGAGCAUUGCCAGCGCGCAGUUAGUAGCUCGUCCAUCUUCUCGCGCAGUGCGCUCAGUAUCUGUGCCAGUCCCCGAGGCGCGGGCGGGGCUGGGGGUCCAGGGGGCAGCGGCGGCUGUGGUGGGAGUCGUUUCUCCCUGGGCCGUCUCUACGGCUCUCGAAGGAGCUGUUUGUGGAGGAGCCGGAGUGGAAGCGUCAACGACGCCAGUUGCCCCACGGAACAGACGCGCUUGUCUAGCCAGGCCAGCAUGGGCGGCGACGAGGAUGACGAAGACGAUGAAGAUGAGGAGGGAGGACCCCCACCACCAUACCACGACGCGCUCUACUUUCCCGUACUCAUAGUCCACCGGCAGGAGGGGUGCUUAGGCCACAGUCACCGGCCAUUGCAUCGCCAUGGCUCUUGCGUGGAGACCUCACUGUGA